GGCACUCGUAGAGCAGAGCGCCGGGGUGGUACCUUCAGCCGUGCACUGGAAAGAACCGGGGAAAACCAACCGGAGCCGGCGGAGAGGUUUCUUGAGCUCGGGGCUGCUGCUGCCACCGCGGCUGCCUGAAACUCCCUAAAGUUGAGAGCCAGCGAGAGGCUGCCGCCAGCCGGGUGCUAGAGGGAAAGGAAGUCGGAGGAUAUAAGAGUGACAAACGACAGAUAGACACACAGAUCUUUGGAAACACCAUCGUUGGCGGCCUGUCCUUGAAGCCCGUGUAGCUUCCCAGCUCCGCUCAUUGGUGGAAGGCUGAACUGGUGGGGAAAACGCCCGGAAGAAACUUAGAGGUGACCAUAAUGUCUUUACGUUUACACACACUGCCCACCCAGCUUGGAGUUGUCAGACCGAGCUGCAGGGAACUGCUGUGUUUGUUGGUGAUCACCGCGUCUAUGAGCGGGGGUGCCUCUGGGAUCUGCCCCACCGCUUGCAUCUGUGCUACUGACCUUGUGAGCUGCACCAACAAAAACCUGUCCAAGGUACCUGGAAAUCUCUUCAGACUGAUAAAGAGACUGGAUCUGAGUUAUAACAGAAUUGGGCUUCUGGAUUCUGAGUGGAUUCCAGUCUCGUUUGUAAAACUGAACACCCUGAUUAUUCGUCAUAACAACAUCACCAGCAUUUCCACAGGCAGUUUUUCCACUACUCCAAAUCUGAAGUUUCUUGACUUAUCAUCCAAUAAGCUGAAGACCUUGAAAAGUGCAGUGUUUCAAGAGUUGAAGGUUCUAGAAGUGCUCCUGCUUUACAAUAACCACAUUUCUUAUCUGGAUCCUUCUGCAUUUGGAGGGCUCUCCCAAUUACAAAAGCUCUACUUAAGUGGAAACUUUCUCACACAGUUUCCCAUGGAUUUGUAUGUUGGGAGAUUCAAACUGGCAGAACUGAUGUUUUUAGAUGUUUCUUUUAACCGGAUCCCUUCCAUUCCAAUGCACCGGAUGAAUUUAGUGCCAGGGAAACAGCUGAGAGGUAUCUACCUUCACGGAAACCCAUUUAUCUGUGACUGUCCCCUCUACUCAUUGCUGAUCUUUUGGUAUCGUAGGCACUUUAGCUCAGUGAUGGAUUUUAGAAAUGAUUAUACCUGCCGUCUGUGGUCUGACUCUAGGCACUCCUAUCAGGUGCUUCUGCUGCAAGACAGCUUUAUGAAUUGCUCUGACAGCAUCAUCAAUGGUUCAUUUCGUGCUCUUGGCUUUAUUCAUGAGGCUCAGGUUGGGGAAAGGUUGAUCGUCCACUGUGACAGCAAGACGGGAGGUGCAAAUACCGAUUUUGUUUGGAUCAGUCCAGAUAACCGACUGCUGGAGCCAGAUGAAGAGAUGGAAAACUUUCAUGUGUUUCACAAUGGAAGUCUGAUUAUAGAAAGCCCUCGUUUUGAGGAUGCUGGAGUGUAUUCUUGCAUUGCAAUGAAUAGGCAACGACUGUUAAAUGAAACUGUGGAUAUCACCAUCAACGUGAGCAAUUUCACAGUCAACAGAUCCCAUGCACAUGAGGCAUUUAACACAGCUUUUACCACUCUAGCUGCCUGUGUGGCCAGUAUUGUUUUGGUACUUUUGUACCUCUAUCUGACACCCUGCCCCUGCAAGUGUAAAACCAAGAGACAGAAAAAUAUGCUAAACCAAAGCAAUGUUCAUUCAUCUAUUCUCAGUCCUGGCCCCACUACUGAUGCCCCAGCUGAUGAACGGAAGGCAGGUGGCGGGAAACGAGUGGUAUUUUUGGAACCCCUGAAAGAUACUGCAACAGGGCAGAAUGGGAAAGUGCGGCUCUUUCCCAGUGAGACGGUGAUAGCUGAGGGAAUCUUAAAGUCCACAAGAGUGAAAUCGGAAUCAGAUUCAGUCAAUUCCGUGUUUUCAGACACACCCUUUGUAGCGCCUACUUAAUUUUGUCCCUGUGUUUGUGUGCUGUGGUCAUUUACUCUCUCCAUAUUUAAUUUUGUGUGUAAUCUGGAAAAUAAGCAGUAGGACAGAAAUUGUAUUUGUUUGUUUUAAAAUACAA